AUGAGAGAUUCGAGUUCGUCGAACAAUGACGGUUCCAGCACGCAGCAAGCGCCAAGAACUGCCGAUGUAUUGAAUGCUGUACUGGACAUGCAUUCUGAUCGUUUGCAUACGAUUAACUACAUCAACAAACCGGACUUUUCAAUGUUCUCGUCAUUGACACCCUCCGGAUCGGCACCCAAUUCUGCCGGUAUUUUGGCUGCUCAUUGUGUUCCGUCGACAAGUGGUGGACUUCUUGCAGCACCACCACGAAGUGUGACGAUAAGUCCAGUGCAGUCGCCUCGAAGCGUGAAAGAUCAGCCAACGCUCGAAAAGCGUCCAUCUGGCGAGUCAGAAGUGGCAACGCCAGUGGCUUCGCAAGCGCAUCUUCUGUCGGCGUUGCAUUCUGCGGCAUCGGCAGUGGCUGCAGCCGCCGCCGUCGAUCCAGCGGGUUGGGAUCCACGCGAUGUGAAGCCAGCCGUCAGCAAACACAAUGCCCCUCAAUACUAUGAGCAAGAAGAGACCACGUUGAUGCCAUCGUCAAAUUGCGGCACAUUGCCUCCUACUGUUGCAUCCACGGGUGCUGCUCCUCCUCCUCAGCUACUCUCACUGGAUGAUCGAAGUUCAGGGAAAUCAAGUGCUGAACGCGAGGUGCCGCCACCAUCUGGUACAGGUCGAGGACGUGGCCGAGGAAGAGCAUCGUCUGCUGCCGAUAUGUUACCCGAUGAAAGGAAGAUGACGAUCCUUGAGAGAAAUAAGGCGGCGGCCGUUCGCUAUAGAAAACGAAAGAAGGAGGAACAUGACGACAUGAUCACUCGCGUACAUACGUUAGAACAAGAGAAAGUGCAGCUAAAUACACAGAAUCAGGUUCUACGACGAGAACUUGAGCGAGUAACGGCCCUUCUUCGGGAACGAGAAGCUCGAUGUGUGUGCCUGAAAGGAAUGCCUCUCAGCACCGAUCUGCGAGCUGAAUCACCUGUCGAUGUAAGAUAUAAUCGUUGA